CGAUGCCCUGACAUUGCUGUGUUGGCGGAGACCCGUAGCGCGUCUGUAGUCAACGGAGCUAAGAGAAAAACCUGCAGCCUCUAGACCUAAAAAAAAGCGGUCUGUAAAUAUUUUUUUUUGGAAACCCCGUGCACUUUUUUUAUUUCCCACAACUUUUGCUUUUAAGACACAACCAAAGAAGCAAUGCGAGAGUGCAUCUCCAUCCACGUGGGCCAGGCGGGGGUGCAGAUUGGCAAUGCAUGCUGGGAGCUGUACUGCCUGGAGCACGGGGUGGGGCCCGACGGCGUGGUGCAGGAGGGGGCCGAGAUGGUCAGCUCCCGUCGGGACCCCUUCAACACCUUCUUCAACAACACCAGCUCGGGCCGCCACGUCCCCAGGGCCAUAUUCGUGGACCUGGAGCCGACAGUGGUUGAUGAGGUCAGGACUGGGACAUACAGGCAACUUUUCCACCCUGAGCAGCUCAUCUCUGGGAAGGAGGAUGCUGCCAACAACUAUGCCCGUGGGCACUACACUGUGGGGAAAGAGAUCAUUGACCUAGUGCUGGAGCGUGUCCGCAAGCUAUCGGACCAGUGCACCGGCCUGCAGGGCUUCCUCAUCUUCCACAGCUUCGGCGGCGGCACCGGCUCGGGCUUCACCUCCCUGCUGAUGGAGCGCCUCUCGGUGGACUACGGCAAGAAGUCCAAGCUGGAGUUCGCCAUCUACCCGGCCCCCCAGGUGUCCACGGCUGUGGUGGAACCCUACAACUCCAUCCUGACCACCCACACCACGCUGGAGCACUCGGACUGCGCCUUCAUGGUGGACAACGAGGCCAUCUACGACAUCUGCCGCCGCAACCUGGACAUCGAGCGGCCCACCUACACCAACCUCAACCGGCUCAUCGGCCAGAUCGUGUCCUCCAUCACCGCCUCCCUGCGCUUCGACGGCGCCCUCAACGUGGACCUGACAGAGUUCCAGACCAACCUGGUGCCCUACCCCCGCAUCCACUUCCCCCUGGUCACCUACUCGCCCAUCAUCUCGGCCGAGAAGGCCUACCACGAGCAGCUGUCCGUCUCCGAGAUCACCAACGCCUGCUUCGAGCCCUCCAACCAGAUGGUGAAGUGUGACCCCCGCCACGGCAAGUACAUGGCCUGCUGCAUGCUGUACCGCGGGGACGUGGUGCCCAAGGACGUCAACGCUGCCAUUGCCGCCAUCAAGACCAAGCGCAGCAUCCAGUUUGUGGACUGGUGCCCCACCGGCUUCAAGGUGGGCAUCAACUACCAGCCCCCCACGGUGGUGCCCGGGGGCGACCUGGCCAAGGUGCAGAGGGCCGUGUGCAUGCUGAGCAACACCACCGCCAUCGCCGAGGCCUGGGCCCGCCUGGACCACAAGUUCGACCUGAUGUACGCCAAGCGCGCCUUCGUGCACUGGUACGUGGGCGAGGGCAUGGAGGAGGGCGAGUUCUCCGAGGCCAGGGAGGACCUGGCGGCGCUGGAGAAGGACUACGAGGAGGUGGGCACGGACUCGGUGGAGGGCGAGGAGGAGGGGGAGGAGUACUGAGCUGGCACAGCCUGAGCCCCCUCCCCCCGAGCGCAGGACCUCCAACAUCACGACGAGCACUUCCUUCUCCCUGCUGUGUCCCCUCUCGAGCCUGUCUCCAGAGCGUCUCUUGACCGUUUCGUCCUGAUAUUUGUGUUUUUGCAGCUGCUGAAUAAAGUCUUCUUGUAACAUCGA